AUGACAGGGCUCCGCGAUUGGAUCUCUGCUGACUACUCCGGACCUUCGCUGUUGCACUCUCUCAACCCUCAACCUCAGCUGCAGAGCUUCAGCGGACGACACUGGCACAGCACUCUGCCUCGGCCGUUUCAGCAUUUCGAUGCAUCCAUGACACAAGCCCUCGAACCCAACUCUCCAAGCUCGCCGACUAUACUCGGACAGCCGGGGUCCCCCAAGCUGGUAGAAAGCUUCAGGCGAACAGCUCCGGACAUGACGGCCGCCGUGACGUCAAGUGUUGUCUUUCCGGACCUCGCGAGCUCCAAUCACGCUGUAUGA